AUGGCUUAUAAUCAAGAACAAUUAAAAACUUAUAAAGCAGUUUCAAUAAUUGCAUUUAUUUUAUCAGUAUAUGGAGGUUUAACAUUUUCAGGAGUUAAAGAAAAUGAUUUAGCUCAUACUCCUUAUUCAGCAAGUAGUAUAUUAUUAUAUAUUUAUUGGGCUAUAUUAUAUAUAUGGCAAGCAGUUUAUAUUAUUCAAGUAUUUUUCCCAGAUGAUUUUAGAUUAUCAAUUGUUAGUUUAAUUGGUUGGCAUUUUCCAAUUUUUUCAAUUUUACAUUAUGUUUGGAGUGAAUUAUUUACAAAUGAACAUUAUUUUUUAAGUGAAAUUGUAUUGAUUAUAAAUUUUUUAAAUAUUAUUACUUUAUAUUUUGCUCAUAAAACUUUUGCUUUAAGACCAAUUUCAAAUUAUUUGUUAAUUCAUAUGCCAUUAGUUGCAAUGACUAUGGCUUGGUUAUUUUAUGCAAUUUUUUGGAAUGGUGCUGUUUGGUUACAAAUUCAUAAAGUUUGGGGUAGAAUUGUUGCAAAUGUUUUUAUUUGGGUUUUCUUAUUUGUACCAGGAUUCUUUUUAACAUUUUUUAAUGAUUGGGCUACUGGUGUAAGUUUUACUUAUUUAUUAUUUGCUUUAGCUUUUGGUCAAUUAGCUACUAAAGUAUUUGCUUUACAAUGGAUUUUUGCUUUUGUAAUUGCUGGUAUUUUAGCUAUUUGGACUAUUGGUGCAAUGAUUGUUGGAGGAAUUAAAGCUCCAAAUGGUGAAAAUGCUCCUUUAUUAGUUGUUGAAGAAGAACAUGUUGGUAAUUAG